CGCUGCUUCCGGGGAGCAGUCGGUAGUUUGAGUUGUUAUUUAAUUUUCUGUUUUUGUAUAUAGUUUUUAUUUUUUUUAUCUUUUAUUUUUUUUAGCUUUUAUUGAUUUAUCUUUUGAGAAUCUUAUUUUCAGGUACCACAAAUCACUUGUUUUGCGUGUGCACAAUUGGCAACAAGAGUUUUUUGCAGAUGCCUAAUGAAUUCAUGGAUUUGCGAAGUACAUGGAACCAGAUUAACUCAACUCCCAACUUGUCGAGUUUCGUACCAAGUGAAACAUAUGAUAGUGUAUUUAGACCUGUUUCGUAUCGUACUUGUGAUCUUUCACCCAUUCAAAGGGAAGAAACGUGGUCUAAAGAACCUAUUGUGAGUAGUAGCGGAAAACGUGUUAACAUAAAGAAACUCUUUAGACAAUAUGAGAAGUUGGAAGAAGAGGGAGCAACGGAAGAGACUCUUCAAGCAAUUUCUAGGGCCAUACAUGAUGAGGUUAACCGUCGUGUUGAUAACGGAGAAGAGCCCCAAGAAGAAGAUUUCGAGGAUGAUGAACCUUUGGAAAAUAUUGAUAAUGACGGUGUUACUAGCUCAACUCAUGAUUAUAAUGAUCAUUAUCCUAUUCAAAAGGAAGAAGUUGAGUCUAGAAACACUACAAUUAUUGAUGGUAAGACUUAUGUUGUGUAUGAGAGCGAUGAUGAUUAUGACUUCUUUGUGCACCGUACCCCAAAUUCAGAGAUAGCCGAUAUUCUGAAUGAGAAGUCAACUUGUGAUGAAGAACAUACGGAUUAUGAUAAUUUGCUUAUGAAAGAUUUUGAUUUCUUUUUCGAUGAGUAGGACUUGGUUAUAGAAGAACAAGUGAUUUUCUUGCCAAAAGUUUGAGUGAGAAUGACGAUACUUGUGAUGUGAGAAUGGAAGUGUCCAGCAGUACCGAGGAUCCGGUAACACGCGAGGUUUUGCAAGGUUUGUCUAACCCUUUAUGCGAAUUUCUAUCUAAUGAUGAUCCUCCCAAACUAGAAAUAGUUUCUCAAAGAGUUGUUAAUCCAUCUUUUAGGAAAAUGCCUCAUUUGGGGCUGGAAUUAUGUGCUUCUAAAGUUCUUUCUGAAUUCUUUGCAUCUACGUAUCCGCUAACACCAUGCAGGUUUGCCAAGAGGAACCAAUAGAAGUGCCUUCCACUUAUGUUUUGUAUGCACUUCCGAGUGUAGAAAAGACUAAGUAUAGGGGUGACUCUUGUGGGAUGAUAAUUUCACCUUUCCCACUAUUUGCUAAUUUUCUUCUGAAGCUUUGGCUAUAUAUGCAGAUUUUCUUGUGGGU